UCAUAUCAUAGUCCUCCACUUCCAAUACCAGGUCACUCCGGUACCCCCUUUCCACUACGUGACAAACACUUACCGACGAAAACCGGUCAAAAACCGACACAUUACAAACUCCAAAUCUCAUUUCCACCGGCUCUCCCGGUUUUUCUUUAUCUUUAUCAUAUUUUCCUUUUACUUAUUACAACAUCUCCCAUAUUAUUCGUAUUUCUCAAAAGUCAGUUUCUAUCUACUUAUUUUCCCCCCUUUCUCCGACGAUCACCUUCGAUCUCACCGAUUUUUCUAUAAUCUGAUAUUUAAGAUGGCUGAUAACGAGGACAUAGAGGAGACCACCUCUCGUGGGAUUGAACAAGAAGCUCCCAAGAUGGCCGACACCGAGGAGGGAGAGGAAGCCGCGCCACGUGGAAAUGAAUGGGAAGUUGUGUCACUAACAGCUUCUACUUACGCUGCAGCUCCUGGUCCUAGGGGAGAUGAAUCAAUCCACGAGGAGAAGGAUCCUUCUUUAAGUGAAGAUUAUGAAGCAGAAACUUCUAGAGCUCUUUUUAUGUCUGGUCACUUUGUCUUUCCUCCAAGUCAGCAUGAAAAUUUACCCAUAGAACGUGAAAACUUAGAAAUCUCCAAAGGAGUUAAAGACGAUGAGCCUGCUGGUGGAAUGAAUGUGGCUAAUGAGAGUAAAGCUGAGCAGAAGGAAGAAGAGAACUGGAAGAUAGAAGGAUUGAAUGUGCCGGAGGAGUUUCCUGGAAUUCCAUUACUUGAAGACAAGGGCAAUAGGAUCCUAUCAAUUCAUGGUCCAGGAUUUGACGAAGCAACAACUCUACAUGGGUUGGAUGUUGAUGACAAAGAACAAGAUGUGUAUGGAGCUGCUAAAUUUAGUUCAUUUCACAGUGAAACAGAAAUUGGUGGAUCACCGGGUUAUGAUGAAAGUGUUGAUCUUGCUGAACCUUCUGACUUUUGUUUAGAUCCGUCAUCUUUUAGAUCCAAGCCUCCCAAAUCUGGAGAAGAAGAUGAAAUUGAUGACUCUGAGCUCCCUUGUGGGGCUUGGUGGAAAAGAAGAGUGGUCUCUUUGUGUGCUCAAGUGAAAGAUACAAGUGCUUUUUGGUCCAUAUUUGUUGCCGCGGCUGUAAUGGGUCUUGUCAUUCUUGGGCAACGGUUCCAACAAGAGAGGUGGGAGGUUUUGCAUCGGAGGUGGCAGCUCAGCAUUGGCGAUGAGAAAUCGGGAAGGAUCUUGUCACGCCUGAAAGAUAUGAUUGUUGGAGGAAGUCGCCGUAGUACAUAUAUCACUGCUGCCUCUGCUGACCAUUAAGAUGACGACGAAAAAUUCACUAUUGUGUUGAGAAAAACGUGAGAUAUACGACAGAACUCUGGUAGAUUGAUGUUUGGAGAAGGAUGAUUCAGAUGAUAUUCUCAUGGAGCUAACUCCGAAUUCCGAAUUCCGAUAGCUUUUAAUACUUUUGUUUGCUUCGCUUUGUUGUAUUGUUAAUAUUGGGUAGCUGGACUUUGCAUAUGGUUCCCUAAAAUGGCCUCGCUUGGCCCUUGCUUAAUGAGAUUAGAAGUGUCCGAACUUGGCUCAAUUGCAAAGUUCUAAUUACUUGGUGAACGUUCUGUUCUGUUCAUUAUGGCUAAAAGCUUGUAUAGUUUUAAUUUGUGCA